CAUAGAUAUAAAUGUAGUACGUAUUCACGAUGGAAUUUUCAAUUUAGUUUGCGAUAAAGUUUACAAAAAUGAGUGUGUGUGAUAAAGACGUUGAGUCGUUAACAGAAAUCGUAAGAAAAAAGAUAAAAGAUGUCAAACAUUUAAUAAAUAUAAACACGGAUGACAUAUACAUUCAAAGAUUUCUGUAUAGUACUGGUUUAGAUACAGAAGAAGCCUUUAAAAGGAUGUUGCUAUAUCACGAAACUAUGGUAAAGAUACCCGACUAUUAUCCCAAACUAGGCCCUAAAGACAAAAAGCAUAUCUUGGAUAUGAAUUUCUCAGUAGUUUUAGAUGAGUGUGAUAAAGAAGGGAGACCAAUUUAUUAUGAGAAAAUGGAGAGACUUGAUCCAGCAAAAAUGACUUCCAUGGAUGCAGUCCAAGUUGAAGAAAUUUGGUUUGAAUAUAUUUUAAGCAGGCAUCCUGAAAAAGCGGAAAAAGGUCUCUGUAUGCUUGUUGAUGUCAGUGGGUAUAACUGGAAACUUUUUAAAUGGUUAACGCCAAGUGCUCUAACUAACGGAAGACGUAAAACGGACUGUAUACCUUUUAAGGAAAUACAGGUACACCUUGUCAACCAUGCCAUUAUGGUGGAUGUAGCAAUUAAACUGGUGUGGCCAUUUGUUCCAGAAGAACGAAAGAAAACGAUACACUGCCAUUUUAACAAUUAUGAAACUUUAUAUGAGCAUAUAGACAAAAGUGUGCUUCCUACAGUGUAUGGUGGCGAAAACGAAGUAAACUUUAAAAAACUUACUCAAAAACUUUAUGAUAGAAAUGAAGAAAUUUCGAGAAAUUUUCAGCUGUACAGAAAUGUAAAUAAAGUAUAAAUAUAAUAUUU